CUCUGCAGUAUUCACCCACCGUCAACACCCCUCUAAUACUUUUGACACCAAAGAGAUUAUUAUACUCGUCAGAGGAGGACUGGUUCAGACUGAAAGAGACCAUUCUUAUUCAUGAUCGGAUUGAACAACCCGCCCUAAACCAGCACGGCGGCCUGAGAUAAUCACUACACCUCAACCAGACAUCUGUGGGACCGGGUCAUGGGAGACAUUCCGGGCAGACUGUGACCAUGUGACACCAGUGACACAAAACAGUUCACCUUGAGAAGGCCUUGUGAAAGGUCGAAACGUUUGUGAUCUCCGUUCCAAAUCCAACUGUCACAAUGGUCUUUGCGUCAAUCAGAAAUUUCUUUCGCACAAUAUAUCUCCUUGUUAUGGACUUGUACCACUUUCCCGAAGUUCGUAAUAUGGUCAAAUCAGUGGUGCUCGGUUGGAGACAAGCAGGAAAGAGGAUAAAGUUGACAGACAGCGAGGGGAAUAGCUUCAGUGCAGUCGUCGUUAAGGGAAUUCACCUACCGCCGUUUCCUCUUGUAGAAAGUAACAUAAACAAUUAUGACAAGUUUCACGCUCGUGAGGAUGAUGUUUGGAUAGUUAACUGGCCUAAAUCAGGAACACAUUGGGUGUAUGAAGUGGUCAAACUCCUCAUGACGGAUCGGGAAGAACUCACUGACACUGUUAAAGAAGGCACCAUGUUCCCGGAGGCGUGCGCUGUGGAGUCCCUGGAAAAACUGCCGUCGCCGAGGGUUUUAGAUACACACGUGCCGCUGAAGCUGUUUCCAGAAGAAGCAUUGAAGAAAUCUAAGAUUAUCUACACACUACGGAAUCCGAAGGACGCCUUCGUGUCUGGAUAUUAUCAUGUGAAAAACAACGUAGGGUCGGGGUAUGAUGGAACUUGGAAUGGGUGCUUCGACUUAACUAUAGACGAAAAUACAU